UUCCGGACAGAGACCCCGGGUCCAGGUGCCCCGGCAGGGAUGAACCUGCCAAUCAGCCGACUCCCUGGCUCAGCAAAGCUCCCUAAAAGGUUCCCCGACCCCUUCCCGGCCAGAAGCUCCCGGUUCCCGCUGGUCCAGCUGUCCCUCCCCGCUUCCCUCGACCCUGCGCCCCUUCGCACCCUGGGAAUGCCACGCCCUCCCUUGAGGCUUUGCCCCUGAGGACCCCCCACCCCGCCGAAGCCUUUGGGACUACCCGGUGGAAAGGGCUUUUCUCCCCCCAGGCCACCCACCCGAUUCGGUUCUCCUACAACGGCGUGACUGCGGAGUCGGCCAUCGGCCUCCUGCCCGGAUUAAAAGCCCGGGAGGGUCCCCACACCCGGGCCCAGGCCCGGCUCUCCAGGGGGCUCAGGAAGCCUCAGCUGCACGGACGCGCGAGGCCCCUGGGGACCCCGAGUGCCGAAAGGACCAGCGUACCCCGCAGGGGCGUUGGAAAUAAAAACAGCAAACACGAAGAUAGCCACAGCCCUGUUUUACGGAACUUGCCCCUUUGCCGUUACACACAUUAACAGUGACCCCUCAUUUUCCGUGAACCCCACUUUGCUGCUGCCGAGUUCGCCAGAGGGACACCCGGAAGCAGGUGGCGACAAGGGCCCCAUGACAUCAUCCCAGCAGGCUUGCGUCACCGCCCCGGGGCCCGGUGACGUCACCAGCUCGCUCGCGUCACGCGCACGUCCCGCUCCUCGUGGUCCUGCCCGGCCCGCGCCAUCACCGGCCCGGCCCCGCGGGGUGACCCGUGCGCCCCUUCACCAUCCGCUGCCGCCGGCCUCCGGCCUGCCGACCCGGCUCUGUGGUUCCCAAGGCUUUCUCUAGCCCUCCGUGCCCCCGGCCGCACACCUGAGGGUGGGACCCCCGGGGGCAGAGCCGGUGUCGGGUCAAACUCGGAGACCGAGCAGAGCCCAAACCGGGACCAGAGGGAGGGCGGGCGGAGGAAGCGAGGAGGCUCGAGACCGAGGCGCGCCCACCCCUCGGCGCCGCCGGACCCUGCGCCACUGGGGAUAUUUCCUUCCCGGCUUCCCGCGCUGCCAGCCCCAGCUCCGUCCCGCCCCGGCUCCCGGCCCCCUGGGCGGGAGAGCGAGCCCCGAGACUCCGCCCAGCCCCGGGGGUCCCGGUCCCCGUUCGCCCCCAGCGGCCCCUCCCGGCGCGCUGCUCGGCCCUGGCUGCAGCGGGGUCGCGCGCUCACCCGGCCGUGGCCCCCGCGGUGUCGGAGCGGGGCGCGGGCGGGGCGGCCCCGCAAGCCUUUAUCGCCCGCGGAGGCCGCGCCGGGAGCCGAGGCGUGACUGACAGCGGGCGGGGGAGGAGCGCGGCCGCCGAUUGGCCGGCGCGAGUGUGGGAAAGAAUGCGGAGCCGGGUUCACACACCCCGCGGCGGCGAGGCCUUAAAUAGGGGAGCGGCCUGAAGCGCGCGCGGGCCUGGGGACGGGACCCGCUCGAGGGUCUCGGAUCGCCGCGCGCUCGCCGCUCGCCCGCGGUCCCCGGCGGCGCGCUCCAGCCGGCACGGGGAGGCGCGGGGCGCACCAUGGCCGCAGACACGCCGGGGAAGCCGAGCGCCUCGCCGAUGGCAGGAGCGCCGGCCAGCGCCAGCCGGACCCCAGACAAGCCCCGGAGCGCGGCCGAGCACCGCAAGUCCUCCAAGCCGGUCAUGGAGAAGCGGCGCCGAGCGCGCAUUAACGAGAGUCUCGCUCAGCUCAAAACCCUCAUCCUGGACGCCCUCAGAAAAGAGAGCUCCCGCCACUCGAAGCUGGAGAAGGCGGACAUCCUGGAGAUGACCGUGAGACACCUGCGGAGCCUGCGUCGCGUGCAGGUGACGGCCGCGCUCAACGCCGACCCCGCGGUCCUGGGCAAGUACCGCGCCGGCUUCCACGAGUGUCUGGCGGAGGUGAACCGCUUCCUGGCCGACUGCGAGGGCGUCCCGGCCGACGUGCGCUCCCGCCUGCUGGGCCACCUGGCAGCCUGCCUGCGCCAGCUGGGGCCCUCCCGCCGCCCCGCCUCGCUGCCCCCGGCUGCCCCCGCAGAGGCCCCUGGGCCCGAGGUCUACGCGGGCCGCCCGCUGCUGCCGUCGCUCGGCGGCCCCUUCCCCCUGCUCGCGCCGCCGCUGCUACCAGGCCUGACCGGGGCGCUGCCCGUCGCCCCCAGGGCAGGGCUGCAGGGCCAGGGCGGACCCUGGAGGCCAUGGCUGCGCUGAGGCUGCGGCCCUGGGACUGCAUCGGAGGCGGCGCCCCGUUCUAGGGCCGCGGCCUUUGCUGAGACUGUAGCAGAGAAUACGUAUUUAUUAUUCCAGAGGCCGCGUCACUAGUUUUCCUUUUCUGUCUUGGUGAAGAGUCGACUUUGGGAGCGACCCGCAGCCACGCCGCGCCGGGGUCCCGCCCUCCUCCCAGGGCCGCGGGCCGCAGGUGGCUGGGGGUGUCGGGCGGACCCGUGGGGCGGACCCCUCGGCUCCGCGCCCUCCCCUUCCCUCCGCAGCCUCCCUCCCCUCCGCACCCCUGCAGCUCCGCCCGCGCACGCGCCCUCUGCCCUCGCGUGGGGUUUGCCUCGCUCUGCCGUGGCGGUUGUGAGGGUUCCCCCCGGAGGCCCGGAUGGGAAGCUGAAUGUCCCUGAGUGCCCAGAACCUUCCCAGUGCUGGAAGGCGGUCGCGCAGCAUCGCCAGGCAAGUUACUUUCUAGAGGCCCCUUUCCCGCCUCCCAGUCCCCGGACCGCGGAAGGCGGAGGCUGCGGUCCGGGGCCGCGCUGGGGUGAGGGCGGCCGCCCUUGGGCCUGAAGACCCGCGCUGGGUUCUCCUGUUAGGUGCACAGCUGCCCGUGCCCACCGCGGACCCCUUCCCCGGGUGUCUGUGCGGGGAGGGCCCGACCGGAGCGCGCGCGGGUCCGAGCUGGGCUGCGGACACUGAGUGCGGGGGCCGAGGACGUCGCUCACGAGGGCGUGGGCCCAGCCCCGGUAAGGGAGGUUCCGCCUCCCCAGUGGGUGAGGACUGGGGGCUCCUCCCUCAUAGCCCUGAGCACGUGCCGCUGUUGACCACCGAGUUAACCAGGCAGCGCCGGACAUACCCUGAACCACCAAGGCGGUCGCCAUCCCGGGUCCUGUGUUCGGGGGGGGCUCGGCGCAGUUCCAGGCACGCAGCCGAGGCAGAGAGGGCCAUUUCCCAACUGGGGCCGAGUUCACCGGGGCCCACGGGAGGCGAGUGAGCCGUCCCAUCAGCGCUGGCCCUCCAAGGCUCCAGUCUGUGCCUCCAUCAGGAACCCCCGGGCCCUCCAGGACACAGCCGUGCGCAGCUUGCAGGAGCCUCGCAGUCCGGCCACCCCUGGCUCCUGGCUGCCCUGCCCUCUCCCUGAGCUCUGAGGGCCAGGCCAGUGACCCUGGGCGGAGGCAGCGUUGGGCUGGGGGCCGCACCCUUGGUCCCACCAGCAGUCCUACCCCGGGGGUCCUAGUCCCAGGGGAGCCUCAAAGUAGCCCUUCUCCUCGGGAGCUUCAGACCCUGUGAGGGAGGCCUCCUCAGCAAGGGGAAGGGACCGUCUUCUUGGGGGCAGGUGGAAGCUCAGCGUGGCCAGGGGAGGGGAGCUGCUCAGAGAAGGCAUCAGUGCAGAAGGGGAGGGAGGGCCUGGGGCAGCGAAGCUGGGAGUGUGGGGAGGAGCUCAGGGGCAGUUGGGGCACCCUGCAAAGUCACCCAGGCUGUGGGUCCUAAGAGGGCAGGACAUCUCUCCACCAGGCCCUGGCCUCGAAUGCCCUCUCCACUGUGGCUAAAGGGCCCUUCGUAGCUGCCCAGGGACCACUCCGGCUCUGGGGGAAUCAGUGGGCAGGCCCUUCGCACUCUGGGUCCCUCUGUGCUCCGCACCACCCGGCCCCGGCUUCUCCCCUGACUUUCCUCCUAACCUGUCCCAUCUGCCGCAGGCUUGGUGGUGUAUCAUCCGGGCCCAGCUGGACGGGGCUCCAGAGGGCAAGGGCCGUAUGUCCGGAAGCUCUGUCCUCAGUACCCAAAACACGGAAAUGGACCCACAGGGCCCUAAUCCGUCCAUUUGAGUGACAGAGCUGGGAGGUUUGGGUUAGACUAAGGAGGUCUCAGGAAACACAGCCUGAGGGGCCGGACUGGACGGGCAACAUAGGGGCUGUCCUGGGCUACCCCUCAGGCUGCCCCCUUCUCAGAGCCCCCCGCCAUGGCCUCCGGGAGCCAGCCUCUGCCUACACCCAGCCAGGACGCCCGCCACAACCUGCGUCCUGUGGCCCCAGACGGGGGAUGCCCCCUCACACAGAAGUCCUUUCUGCCUUCCCCACCGUCCAGACGUUUCCUGCCCCUCCCCGCCUCAGGUGGUGGCCGCUGGGCAGCUGGGAUCUGGCCCAGUUCCCCGCCCCUGACCCUCCCCAGCGAUUUUUAUCUUGGCUUUUGGUUUUUUGCUGAAUAAUAGAUGAAAGUCAUCUUCUCGGUGGAGCGGGUGUGGCUGGUGGCCCCUGGUCACUUCCAGUUCAUCUCCCACUGCCUCCUUGAUGAAGACCGAGGGUCAAUAAAUGUUUGCUGAAUUCCUUUGCC